GACCUCUCUUUAUUUCAUAUUGUAAAUCAUACAUUAAGAUAAGAAUUUCACAUGUAAUCUAAAGACUAGACCUCUAAUUUUUUUAUACAUACAAAAAUGAAUUUCUUACUUCAAAUUUCAAAUACAUCUUCCCUUAAUUAUUACUCCACCUAUCCAUUUGCCUUCCUCAAUAGUUGACUUUCUAAAUAAUAUAUUACCUCCCCUAAAUAACCCUUAAUUAAUACUACAUUUUUCUCCUCAACCUAAUGACACCCCCUUUUUUCCUUCCAUGGCUGCAUGUUUAAAGUUGUACAUAGUAGUCCUUCCCUUAAUUUCUCCUACAAAAAUCGACACAAAAAGCCUUUUUUGAUCGAUCACUACUACUACCAAAAAAAAAAAAAAAAAACCGAAAGAGAACCAUUGUUUCGGUCUAAGAGAACCUAAAUGAACACGGCCGGUGCUAGUCCAAGCAACACAAGGGAUGCAGCCUCAACGAACUCAGAUUUCCCUGGAAGAGAAAACAACGUAGGCGGGUUCACCUACGGCUUAGGGGUGUCAUUAGGUAUUCUUGUACUAAUAACAACUAUUACCCUGGCUUCUUACUUUUGUACCCGUGAUGAAGGAUCCACCACGGGUGCUAAUCAAUCAGAAGAGGAACAACAACAACAACAACAAAGACGAAACGAUCAUUGUGUGAUCGACGUAGAAGGGAUCGACGAAAAUACACUCAAGACAUACCCAAAGUGCUUGUAUUCACAACUAGAGAGUAGCAAGAAAAAUGGUUCAACAGUGAGUUGUUGUUCAAUAUGUUUAGCAGAUUAUAAAGGGAAAGAUGUGUUAAGAUUAUUGCCAGAAUGUGGGCAUGCAUUUCAUCUAAAAUGUGUUGAUCCUUGGCUUAGAGUUCAUCCUACUUGUCCUGUUUGUAGGACGUCUCCUUUGCCUACCCCUCAGUCAACGCCUCUUGCCGAGGUUGCUCCUCUUGCUGCUUCGAGAAUUGGGUAAAUUUCUUUUUGGUGCGCGAAUGAGCCACAAGAGCAAAAUAAAGUACAAAUUAUAGAUGGGGUCGGGGAAUUGAACCCACGACCGAAGUAGACCAAGACCUCAUCGGUAAAUUAAAUUUAGAUAGUUUAUUUUUCUAAAAUUUGUCUUUAAUUUUUUUAUUGUUUAUACAUACUCCAUAAUUUAUAACUUAUAAGCCAUGGUUUUCUGGAUUCUGACAAAUUACAGAGCAAAGAAAUUAGAAAGUUAAUUUAGGAUGGUUUGAUUUGCAAUUUGAGCAUAGUUGACUUUAUUUUUCAUGUGCUUGAUUUCUGGACAGAGUAUACUUGUAUAGAAGAUUAACUUUUUUAUGUAACUAAAACAAUUUUUAGCUCUGAAUCAUGGUCUGUCUAAAUUUCAUUGUUUACUAGCUAUGUUAAGCUACGGAUGACUAUUUUCUAAUGGAGACUCACAGAAAUUUAAACCGAAUACAGGCAAGUAACUUUUAGCUUGCCACGCACUAGGCCAAGCUAAUUGUAACUUUUAGCUCCAUUGUUCAGUUAAAGACUUUUUGAAAUUGCAAUCAAGUCCCUUACUACAAUGAAUUACUUCCUCCGUUUAUUUUGUUUGCCUCCUUGAGUAAAGCUCUUUUUUUUUUUUUAUUAUUAUUUUUUAUUUAUUUAUUUAUUUAUUUUCCACAAAAAUAGCUAGAGAAAAGUGGUGGACAAAGUAUAGUUGUGAGUUCACACCAAAAAUAGUACGGAUUACUUCGCAUGAAGUAUUUGACGUACCCAAAAAAAAAAAAAUUUGAAUAAAAAAAAAGUAUUCUGUAUUCAUAUUCUAUUUGAAUAGGCUGGGUAACCCAAUUUGUUUAUAGAUCCUAAUAUACUCUAAUUAUAAAAUACUUUUUAAGUAAAGGUUUAGAAAUUAUGAUUAUUGAUUAAUUUGUAGGGCCAUGGACACCAUUUAAAUUCGCAUGAAGUUCAAUAUAACUUAUCUUAUCUGAAAUUAGUUUGUUGGGCCGUGGCCCUAACCAUUAAAAUUCACAUGAAUUUUGAUCUAUAUAUUUCGUUCUAUCUUACAAACUAAUAAUUGGAACACAAACUAUUGGGUGCGGCAGUCCGUACCCAAUAGUUCGUGCGGCGAUAAGGUAUUGGGAGCGGCAGCGACAGAGGUGGAGUUCGCAAUUUCAGGUUACAAUUGUCGGAAAAGUACGCCGGGAAACUCCGUAUCCAUUGCAACGAAUGAGUAAUCGUCGAUCAAAUAUCAAAUCAACAAAAAACUAUUCGCUAGUGAAGGUUGUAGGGGAGGUGCAAUUACAGGUUGCGGCUGUUGUAGACGGUGGUUGUGACUGAUUGGUGGCGGUUCUCUGCUGGUGUAGUUCGCUGGUUUAUGGUGGCUGGUGGUGGUGCUGCGAUUUUAGAGGUGGUGCUGCGAUUUUUGAGGUGGUGCUGCGAUUUGUGGUGGCGGCGUGAUUGCUCCCAUUCUCAUUUCAAAGAGAGAGAAAGAAAAAGAGGAAGAGGGGGAAAGAGGAGAGAGAAGGAUAUAAAAAAUACCUUGUAUAUACUUUGUAUGUUGUUAAUCAUACUCCCUCCGUUUUUAAAUACUUGCUCCAUUUUCUCUUGAGCACGUA